AUGGCUUUUGAUUUAGGAUUUGUUGUGGUAAUAGUAAGAUCUGACAUAGCUACUGGUGUACGGGGAAGAAAAACGUAUGUCAUACUUGGAUGUGAAAGAGGGGGAAAAUAUAGGAAAUACAAAGCUGAUGCAGUGGCUAGUGUAUACGGCACUCGUAAAUGUGAAUGUCCGUUUAGAUUAAAGGGUAAACCAUGUUCAGAUGGGGCCGGAUGGGUGUUGAAGGUGAUGUGUGGACAUCACAACCAUGAGUUGGCUGAAACUUUAGUGGGUCACCCUUAUGCUGGCAGGUUAAAUACGAGUGAGAAGUCAUUACUGGUUGAUAUGACAAAGAGUAAAGUUACACCUGCAAAUAUUUUAUUAACACUCAAACAAAAUAAUGAUCGAAAUGUCACAACGAUUAAACAAAUCUACAACGCAAGGCAUGCGUAUAAACGAUCAUUAAGAGGGUCCAGAACUGAACUACAACAACUUAUGAUGUUGUUGAAUCGGGAUAAGUACAUUCACUGGAGUAGGUGUGCUGAUGAUUCAAAGGUUGUUACUGACUUGUUUUGGACACAUCCUGAUGCGGGUUAA